AACGUACCGGAACGUUUGGCGCUAGCGGCAGCGGCCAUGGCGGUGGUUGGGGCAGAGCAGUCAGAUGGGCCCAACCGAAGAUGCUUCAAGAACUACCACAGCGUCUCUGCUCCUGUCCGUUUCUUGCCGACGAGCGCCGCGGUGGCUCCGAUCCUUAGCCUUUGUUUUUCACCUGCUGCUCCUCCUCCUCCUCCCGUUUCCACUUCCAAUUAAGAAGUGAGCUAUGGCGGAUUGGGGGCCGGUGUUUGUGGCGGUGGUGCUCUUCGUCCUCCUCUCGCCGGGGCUGCUCUUCCAGAUCCCUGGAAAAGGACGGAUCGUGGAGUUUGGCACGAUGCAGACCAGCGGCGUCGCCAUCUUCGUCCACUCCAUCAUCUUCUUCGCCCUCGCCGCCAUCUUCAUCCUCGCCGUCCAUGUCCACGUCUACACAGGCUGAUUAACCGUCUCCUCCUCACUCGCCGCCCAGAUCUAAAGUCCUGUCUGUUUCGAUUUCCCCUUAUUAAGGUGUUGCAAUAUUUACCUGUUGAAUUUAACAUUUUAUUUUGGGAAAAGGAAGAUCUUUCAUCCUUC